AACGACGCAGCUGCAAAGACGCUGCUGUAGUGCAGCGCGAGUCAGGACGGAGCGAUGCUUCUUCAAAAGUACUAAAGGGGGACAAACCAGCUUAGUGUUAAUACGACAAAGUGGCGCGUUUACAACAUUGAUUUUCCACAUUCACAAAUGAGUCUUUUGUGGUGAUCUGGAGCAAAAGUUAACGCUGAUGUCUGGAGCACAGAUUUGGAGGAUGAGUGAUGUUACGGAGUCUGACUGAACUCAGCCACGGGAGAUAAGUUACCCAAACAGAUGACUUUCAGAGUUUAAUCGUUCUGACGGCAUGGCGCCUACUACCUGCACUUUUGCACGUUUCCUCCAAACGUUCCGGUCAGCCGCUGAACCAUAAGAGAUUUUGCGAGAUUUUGAAUGCGAGAUCCCCACCAAAAAUCGUGAUGUUUGAUGCAUCUCGCUGGCUCCCAAAGCUCCACUCACAGACGCCCUCUGCUGUUUGAACCAGGAAGUGCCAUCAGAAUGGACAGCUACCUGGAAGAGGGGAUGAACUCUGUGAUUGUGACCCACUACAACCAUUCGGGCAAGUGGGGACGCCCCCGGAGCGGCAGCACUUGCAAGAUGGCCUUGCUGCUGUUCAUCUGUGUGCUGAUUGUUCUGGAGAACGCUACUGUUUUGCUGGCACUACGGUGCAACAAGCGCUUUCACAGCCGCAUGUACCUGCUCAUUGGCAACCUAGCGCUGUCUGAUUUGUUGGCCGGUGUGGCCUACAUGGUCAACAUCUUCACUUCGGGCCGGCGCACCUUCUUCCUGACGCCAGCGCAGUGGCUGGCUCGCGAAGGCAGCAUGUUUUUGGCGCUGAGCGCCUCCACCUUCAGUCUGCUGGCAAUUGGCGUGGAGCGGCAUAUGACUAUGGUCCGUUUGCGGCCGUGUGAAGCAGCAGCGGGGGGACGUGGACGGUUGUUGGCACUGCUGGCUGCUUGCUGGGCCGUCUCGCUGCUGCUUAGCGCCCUCCCUAGCCUGGGCUGGAACUGCUUGGGCCGGCUGCACACCUGCUCCACUGUGCUGCCACUCUAUGCCAAAAGCUAUGUGGCCUUCUGCAUCAGUGUGUUCAGCGGACUGCUCGCUGCUGUGGUGGCGCUCUAUGUGCGCAUCUACCGGCUUGUGACAUCCAGCGGGCGGCGGGUGGGCUCACGCCCAUCUGAGCGCUCUCUGGCCCUGCUGCGCACCGUGGUGAUUGUAUUGGGCGUGUUUGUAGCCUGCUGGGCACCGCUCUUCCUGCUGCUGUUGCUAGACGUGGGCUGUGGGCCUGAGCGCUGCCCUGUGCUCUACCAGGUGGACUGGUUCAUCGCCCUGGCCGUCCUCAACUCAGCCCUCAACCCACUAAUCUACACGCUGUCUAGCCGAGAGAUGCGUGCCGCCUUCUUCCGCCUGCUGUGCUGCUGUUGCUGCCGGACACCACUGGAUGCAGUGCCAACCACCGCCGGGCCGCCACUGCCAGGGACUGGCAUGCCCACAGCUGAGAACAGCAAAUCCAGUGCCGGAGGAGUGGGCAGCGGGGUAGUCAGGUCCACAUUGAUGAGGAGCAAAGUCCCCACCCCAGCUAACUCUCAGCACGGGGACUCCUCCACACCUGCAGUCACACACCCCUCUGGGCCAGCGGACCUGUUGUCCGCAGUGCUGGUCAAAGCAGGGGCGCUGCCUUCGCUAAGCAAGUUCUGAUUUUUAACAGCAAGAGAAUCUUCACAUCAAUGAAGCACUCUGGACCGAUAAAUAAUAGGGGCGUAAAUUUUAAUCUGAUUCAAUUAUGAUUAUUUUGCAUCAUGAAAUCUCAAAUUUGACCAUAAUUUGAUUUUAAUUGAUUGUUUUGGUACAGUUUGAUACAAAAAUAUUUUAAAAAAUACAUUUAACACAAAUACAUUAAAUACACAAAUCUGACUGUAACUACUUCUAUAGUAGCAGGAUAUUAACAAUGAAAACAACACACCAAGUUUCUUUUACCUUUGAAAAUAGCCUGAGAAUUUUGCUUUGGCCGAGAAAUGGCUUUCUGGGUAUUAUCCUGACCGCUUCUAUAUAAUCUAAAAUUCCAAAAUUGGUGCACUUUAAAUGCUACAUUCUCACUGAUGCAUCACAGUGUAUUGAUGCAUUUUUAAACCCCUGAUGGACGUGUAUGGAAGAGAUGCCUCAGUUGUUGCACUUGUAACAUCAAGCCUGUGGGUGAAUUCAUUAAGGUGAAGCUACUGGAUGAGGACUAAAACACUUUGAUUUUCUACUCGUGAGGAUGUAGCCACAAUGUUUAAAGCACAAUUUUACAGAUUUUUCAAAAUCUCUGCAUAAUUCAACCGCUGAGAUAGGGCUAACAAUAUAACAAAAUAGGGCUGUGGAACUAUUAAAAUAAUUAAUCGUGAUUAACCCCUUUAGUUUGUAUAGUUAAUAGUGAUUCAUUGCAUUAGUUUUAUUUGCCCAAAUUCCCACAGAAGAAUUUUUCCAUUUAAAAAGCAGUGCAUUUUAUUUUAUUGAUAUGAGUGAAUAAGCUCAAUCAAAAUAAGCUCAAUCAGAAUGUAUUUCAAAGAUUCAGCUUGAACCUUAAUGUGAAAAUCAUGUGAAUGUUGGAUGAUCAUGAAAUUAAGUAAACACAGUUUACAGUUUUCAUCACAGACGUUCAGUGAGAGCAACAGUGGCUGCAUGUUCCAUGCACAAUUGUAGGUUCUUUCUCUCAUACCCAUACGUUAUGUCUUGUUUUCCACUUUGCUGUUGCUUUGGUUAGUUUGAUUUAUCCAUACGUCUCCUGCAAGCACUGUCUAGCAUAGUCUGCCAAAGUCAUCCUCCAGUGCCACCAGUACUGAUAUUACUGAGACUGUGGGCCUCAGAGGUGUGUUUGGCUUGUAAAUUAUACUAUGACUCAAUAUACUUAAUAAAUAAAUUUAUGGCAUGAUAGUAGCUGUUAAUAACAAAUUUUAUCAAUGAAUCACAGUAACAGUGUGCCCUGAAGUACAAAUGGUUAGAAACUUUGAACUACGAAAAUGCAUUAGGAACAUUAAUAGAAAUUGAUGCAGUUAAUAAUUUUUUUCGUUAAUGCAUUAUUAACAUGUAAACUUUGACACCACUGUGAUACCACUCCCACCAGGUUUCUGUGGGGGAGCGUUUCUGACUUUGUUAAGUUUCUCUAGAACGGAGCAUUUCAUAUCAAAUCACUCUGAUUAACUAUGUUUACACCCUGAUGUUUGAAUUAUGCAGAAAUGUAGAAAAAUGGGUGGAAUCCCCCUUUAAUAGGAAAUACAAAGGGCUAACAAACAGUGGCUAUCACCUCCCAGUACAGGAACACCUUGACAACUGUGGUCACUUACCUCUCCAGAGAAUAAAAUGUUUCAGAACAGACCAAAGUAAAGGGGCCAGGACCUCAAUGGAGCACUCCGGACUGAUGGCAGAAGCGUCUCUGUAUUAACUUUCAACUGUUGCACUUAACAUUAAGCCUAUGGGUGAACUCAUUAAGAUGAAGCUGCUGAUUGUGGACUGAAACACAAGGAUUUGCUUCUGGUGAGGAUAAAGCCACUGUGUCUAAUAUGAAAUGCAAAGGGCUAACAGACGGAGACAGUACAAGGACAUAGAUGGAAGGUUAAAUGUGGUACAGAAUGCAUUACUGUAAAAUAAAAAAAGAAUGUUUAUAUUAAAUAUAGUAUAUUGUCGCUGUUCAAAAAAUGUUUUUUUUUUCAUAAUUUGAGCACAGCCACUGUCCUUUACAUUUUAUAAUAAUUUGAUAAUAGACCAACAGAAAUGCUCCAAAAUUGCUUGGAAUUAAAUCUCCUUACAUUGACAAAGUUUUUGGCUUCUUCUGGAAAGUUGUAGUUUUAAAGAUACUUGUUUUUUAUUUAUUUUUUUCUUCUGGGCAGCGAUGAUAUGCAGAAAAGUCUACUCCAAUGAAUUGUGUGAGUGGAACACCAUUUGUAUGUUUUUAGUAAUACUAUAUCUUGGAGGUCAGAGAGUAGAGCCACUACAGAAUAUGUCCACUCUGGUGUACAGUUUCUUUUGUAUAACACUUAUUUGUAUAUUUUCAUACCUUAACAGUAUUAUGUACAUUAUAAUCUUCUGUCUGUUCCAAAUGCCUUUAACAGUAUAUAUUGUUGUUGUUUUUUUUCUUUUCCAAAUUAUUCAGCUGGACAAAAACGUUAUUUAUAGUUUGCUCUCAGUAGCUCAUAUUACACCUGGUGAGGUUGAAAUGAGUGAUAAAGAGUGAUGACUCUAUUAAACUGUGGAUGGUUAUUGAUUCGGAUAUGGUCUGUAAGACUGGCCGAGGUUUGUAUGAGUGCAAAAAAUUUGAUUUGUACGCUUUUCAUUUCUUUUGGUCACUGCAUAGCAAACAAAAAUGCUGUGCAUGUAUUUAUAGAUUAUUGUGAAU